ACCCCUGACCCCCGAGCGAGCCAGCGUUAUGGCGGCCGCGCUGCGGCGGGCGUUCGAGUCGCGGCUCCGGCUGUGGGCGGCCCGGGCAGCGGCCCGAGGAGAGGCCCGGGCACAGGCCCUGGACAGGCAGCCCUGUCGGGGUUAUAAGAUGACACCCUCAGACGAUGAACUGUACCAGCGCACGAGAAUGAACACUCUGGAGCGAGACUCGCAGAAUGUCAUGUUCAUCGAUGGUUAUAGCAAGCACGGCUUCUCUAUUAAUGGGAACCGAGUCUUUGGCCCGUGUGCAGUGAUUCCACAGGCAGUCCUACAGUGGGAUGUUGGAAGUUACAAAGACAUCAGUGAGGACAGUCUUGCUCUGUUUUACAUACUGGAGCCUAACAUAGAGAUUCUGGUUUUGGGUAUGGGUGAUCGAAUCCAGAGACUGGACCCCAAACUGUUGAUGUUUAUGAAGAGCAAGGGCAUCGCUGUGGAGAUACAGGAUACAGUGAGUGACCCAACCCAGAGACAUAACGAUGGGGCAGGAGACCAAACGCCUGUGCGACCUUUAACUUCCUAACCAGUGAGAAAAGAUGCACAGCAGCUGCACUGAUCCCACCUCUCUACCUCUCUACCGAGCUGAUGUAACUCGCAGUAGUGUUUGAGGAACCUUUCUCCAAUUGUACAGAGUAAUUAAACUGUUUGUGUCAA